AUGCCCUCUGUCGCAACCGACGGUCUAUCCGUCACCCACGCCGCCAAACAGUCAGGUCCUCCAGACCUCCGUCUGGUCCACUACAAUGACGUGUACCACGUGGAGGAAGGAUCCGCCGAACCCGUGGGCGGCGUAGCACGGUUCCAAUCCGUCAUCGACCACUAUCGCAGCGACGCCUCCUUCGCCGGCCAACCCGAUAUCCUGACCUUCUUCUCGGGCGAUGCCUACAACCCCAGUCUCCAGAGUACAGUCACCAAGGGACGGCACAUGGUGCCGUUUUUGAAUAAGGCGGGGACAGAUGUGGCCUGUGUAGGGAACCACGAUCUCGAUUUCGGCGUCGCACAGUUCCGCCAUCUCCGUACACAAUGUCGCUUUCCGUGGCUGUUGGCUAAUGUUUUGGAUCCGGCCUUGGGCAAGGAUGUGUCCAUUGCGGAUUGUGAGAAGACGUUGAUGUUGACGGCGUCGAAUGGGAUUAAGGUCGGUGUUAUUGGGCUGGGCGAGAGGGAAUGGCUCGGAACUAUUAAUGCCCUCCCGCCGAACCUCGUGUACAAGUCCGCGUACAAGACGGCCCUGGAGUUGGUCCCGCGUCUCCGAGAACAAGGUGCUGAAUUGAUCGUGGCCGUCACCCACCAGCGCGAACCAAAUGACUAUAAGUUAGCUGAGAAGCUCCCGCCGGGUACAAUUGAUAUUAUUCUGGGAGGACAUGAUCAUUUUUAUGCCCAUGCGGUGGUCAAUGGGACCCAUGUACUCCGAUCAGGCACGGACUUCAAGCAGCUUAGCUAUAUUGAGGCGUGGCGGAAGGCGCAAGGCUCGGGAUGGGACUUCAAUAUUGUGCGCCGUGAUAUAGUCCGGUCGAUCCCGGAGGACCCGGCGACGUUGGUCAUGGUGGACCGAUUGACGUCCAGCCUGAAGGCGAAAUUGGAGAAGCCGAUUGGAUACACAUCGCUGGCAUUGGAUGGUCGCUUUUCGACCGUGCGUCAGAAGGAGUCGAAUCUAGGCAACUUUGCCUGUGAUCUCAUGCGAUUCUACUACGGUGCCGAUUGCGCGAUGAUGGCGGGCGGCACCAUUCGUGGCGAUCAGAUCUACCCACCGGGGAUCUUGCGUCUCAAGGACAUCCUCAACUGCUUCCCGUUUGAGGAUCCGGUCGUCUUGGUCCGGCUCAAAGGCCGGGCACUUUUCGAUGCCCUGGAAAAUGGAGUGAGCCAGCUUCCCGCGCUCGAGGGACGGUUUCCGCAGGUGUCAAACAUCACGUUCAGCUACAACCCAUCGGCGCCUUCCGGCUCUCGCGUCAAGUGGGCCAAGGUCGGUGGGGAGCCCAUUGACUACAACCAGCAUUACACGUUGGCAACCCGCGGAUACAUGGCACGCGGGAAGGACGGGUUCGCAUCCCUCCUCAUAGAGUCGGAGGGCGGCGAGGUCGAAGAAAUCGUGGAUGAAGAGAGCGGUAUUCUCAUCAGCACUCUUCUCCGCCAGUAUUUUCUGAGUCUGAAGGUGGUAGGGAAAUGGCGGCGGUGGGGUCCGAGCAUGACGCGACACUGGAGCACGGUGCAUGACAACCUUCACUGCAAUGGAUGGCUGAAGCCGCCCUCAUCCAGAGGUUCCCCGGUGUCGGAAAAGGUGCCGUAUCGGCCAUCUGUGCCACGCUCGAAGCAGUACUUUUAUGGACGCUUCCCUGAGAUCCCUGUCCCAGCGGGGGCCGAUGGGGUGGGCAUAGACCGGGAGAACGAGUCGAUGGACUCGGACUCGGACACCGACCCCGACAUCCUGACCUCCCCUCAGCCAACCACCAACUAUGUCACUUUGCCGGCGCGGUCAGCCACGGAGGAAGAACGUCGUCUCCGCCUGGCGCGCAAAGCCACGCGGACGUGGAUGCACCGGGCGGGGCUGCAGCCGUCGGCCAUCAACGACGCCGACGAGGUGGGAGAAUUUACGCCGACGUGGACGCCGGGGAUCUCGCCUCGCUUGGAGGGGCGGAUCAUAAUUGAGACAUGA